AUGGCAGGGAUAAUAUCUACACAACGAUCUGAAUCAAUAAACGGUGUAAUUAAACGGACUGUAAAUGAAAGAACUCAACUUCACAUCCUGUUUAACCGAAUUGAAUUACGUGUUGCAGAAGAACAAUUUGCUGGUCGCAAAAAGGUUAAUUUUGAGGAUCCAUAUAAUUUAACAUUAGAGGUUGUUGAUAAUGGGCUGAUUGAAUUUGAGUAUGACUUUCGUCAGAUACGUUUUGAUGAACUUCUUGAGGGGAUCGAUCAUUCCUUAGUUGCUGAAGUUUGGGAAGUUCAAUCAAUCGAGCAUAAAUCGAAUAUUGGACAGAAUUCUGAAAAGGCUUAUUUUCACAUUUCUCUCAUUCCAAGACAUUGGUACAAAGAUGAAUUUAUGGACGCGGUAGUUGUUGAUGAGCCAUUUCUUAGAAGAAAUUCAUUAGAAAAGAACAGUUCAACACCAUCUUUACUUUCUUUUCCGGAUGUUGUUGAUUCGUGGAAUAUCAUGCUUAUUGAAGCUUCUGUACAAGCUGCAGCAAAAGCAAUUGGCCGUAAACAAUCGAUUAAAGGAACAUUGCUUGGGCUUGCCUGUAAAUGUGUAGAAGUAGUUAAUUACGAUGAUUUAAAUAAUUCAAAGAUUUUGAUAGAAACAUUUAAGAAAUGGAUACGCAUCCAUGAGGAAGCACAAUGCAGCAAACAAAUUAUAGAACAGGAACUAGAUGAUAACCAAAUU